UUUUAUAGUUGCGCUUAUUUUGAAGUAUCGAUUUGGUAUACUGAUUAUAUAUCGGCGGGAUUCAAAAUUUCGAUGCUCAGUCUCACAUAUCGGAAAAGCGGCGGUCUUAACCCCUUGACCAACUAGACGUUCACCGCACCUGGCAAAAAAAUAGAUAGUGACGUCAUGGUCAAACUAAUAUGAAAGGAGACUCAGUUAGUAAUGACGUCACAAGCCAGAUGUUGGGGUUACAAUAUCGAGGGUCCUUAAAUACAUAGCCUAAUCAUAAUGAAAGAAUGUAUAAGUAUUCACAUUGGUCAAGCCGGAGUGCAAAUCGGUAACUCUUGCUGGGAGCUAUACUGUUUGGAACACGGAAUCAAGCGAAAUGGUCAGGUGUCGUCAAAGAGACCCAUUGCACCCGACGACGACUCCUUCAGUACUUUCUUCAGUGAGACCGGGUCGGGAAGGUACGUUCCCCGAUGUGUCUUUGUCGAUCUGGAACCAACUGUUGUCGAUCAGGUCCGAACUGGCUGCUACCGCCACCUUUACCACCCUGAGCAGUUGAUCUCCGGCAAAGAAGAUGCUGCCAACAACUAUGCCCGUGGUCGCUACACCAUCGGUAAGGAAAUCGCCGACCUCGUUCUCGACAGAAUCCGCAAACUGGCCGACCUGUGCAGUAGCCUCCAGGGCUUCCUCAUCUUCCACAGUUUUGGCGGCGGUACGGGCUCGGGAUUUUCCUCUCUGCUCAUGGAGCAUCUGGCGAACGACUACGGAAAGAAGUCAAAGCUGGAAUUCGCCAUCUAUCCAUCUCCGAAGAUGUCCUCGGCGGUCGUCGAGCCGUACAACUCCAUUCUGACGACCCACGCCACGAUUGAGAAUUCCGACUGUGCCUUCCUUGUCGACAACGAGGCCAUCUACGACCUGUGCCGAACGAAACUGGGCGUGAAGAGUCCGAGUUACGGCAACCUGAACCGACUUAUUGGUCAGAUAGUUAGCGCCAUUACAGCGUCUCUUCGCUUUGAUGGCGCUCUCAAUGUAGACUUGACAGAGUUCCAGACCAACUUGGUACCGUAUCCCAGAAUCCACUUCCCUCUGGCGACCUACGCCCCGGUGCUUUCUAAAGACAUAUCGGACAAAAAGCAACUGUCUGUAGCCUCCAUUACAACCCAGGCGUUUGAAAAGACUUACCAGAUGGUAAAAUGUGACCCGGGCCGUGGCAAAUACAUGGCCUGUUGCAUGCUGUACCGCGGCGACGUCGCGCCCAAGGAAGUUAACAAGAUCAUUUCUUUCAUCAAGAUGAGCAAGUCGUUCCACUUCGUCGACUGGUGUCCGACGGGCUUCAAGAUCGGCAUCAAUUACCAGCCGCCGCGCGUCGUGCCGAAGGGCGACCUGAGGAAGGUCCCGCGCGCCCUCUGCAUGCUGAGCAACACGACGGCCAUCGUGGAAGCCUGGGCUCGACUGAACCACAAGUUCGACCUCAUGUGGUCCAAGCGCUCCUUCGUCCACUGGUACGUGGGCGAGGGCAUGGAGGAGGACGAGUUCUUCGAGGCACGCGAGGACCUGGCCGCCCUGGAGAAGGACUACCAGGAGGUGAGUGUUGACUCUGUCGUUCCAGCUGCUGAUGACAGCAACAACAAGAAGAAGAAGAAGGAUACGAUCCCGGCAUGAGACUUCGGACGAGAGGACCGCUGAUAGUAGCUGCUGUAGGUUUAGCUCAACCACAAGACGAGUAUUAGAAUGGACCCCAUUUUUUGACUUUUGUGAUAUUUAUAUAUUUUAUUUUUUUAAAUUUUUUUUAUUCUAUUAUACGUAUAUUUUA